CCAACACUUAGCGGUGAUAUGUUCACUUUUAGUAUGUGUAUCGGCGAAGUCUUUCACUUUAGUGAUAGACACGACGUAUUCUAUGCAGGACGAGAUCAGCAUGAUACGAUCAAGAAUCAGGCCGCUGGUAGAAUCGAUUGGAAAUUCGAGUUCGUCUAUAGAAAAUUAUAUUAUUGUACCUUUUAACGAUCCGGAAGUUGGUACAGCACAAAUAUUUGCCUCAGGAGAAUCAUUCUUAAAAGCCAUAGACAAUCUAUCUGUGUCCGGUGGCCGCGAUAUACCGGAAAAGGCUCUUUCUGGUUUACAAAAGGCUUUACAGGAGAGCAGACCGGAAUCAGACAUAUUUCUGUUCACCGAUGCAUGUGCCAAGGAUGAGGCCAAGUUUGAUGACAUUGAGAGACUAUGUCGCGUAACAAGGAGCAAGGUCAUAGUUUUCAUGAGUGGCACGUGUCGGAAUUCCCCUACACAUUGGGUGGGGAACCUAGAAACCUACUACCAAAUAACUAAAGUAUGUUUUGGAAAUGUCUUCCAGUUGGACCUUAACUAUUAUGGCCAAGCAUUUAGGUUUAUGAGAGAGAUCGUAAGAGAUGGAUAUAACGACGUAAAAACUUUCGAAGCAUUUUCUGACUACCGACAGUUAUCGUUUCCAGUGGACAGCUUAACUAGAGACGUGAUCAUCUCCGUUUCUGGAGAGCGGCCUACUCUGCAGCUGUUUGAGGAGACUGGACACAGCCCUCGAACGGAGUCGCUGAUCGAAACUAGUCAACUACAGGUAGUCAGGAUUGUGGCGCCUCACCGCGGUCAAUACCAAGCCUCAGUGCGGUGCCAGGGAAUGAUAUCCGCGACCAUUUACACGAGAUCGGAGUGCCCACUGGAAAUCGGGUUCUCCCCGUUCAACCCUAGAAGCAUUGAGGAAACUACACCGUCACCGCUACCAGGACGGGAAAGUUUCAUUUUCGUCCUCGUACCAAUGUCAUAUGAGUAUAAGUUGGGCAGUUUAACAAUCCACAUGCUGAACAAGGAUAGCCAAAAAACAUUGAAUUUGAUGGAAAGUGAAGUCAGCGCCCGAGUUUACAUCAGCAAGUCCUAUUUUGAGCCUGGGUGUAUAUUUAGGAUGACGGUCAGUGGUAUUGACAAAGUCUCUUCAGAACCGGUACGAAUAAUAAGCAAAACACUCGAAUCACAAAAAGAAGUGUCAGCAUCAUCCCGGUCUGCAGCUGUCAUAGAGUCCAUAAUCCCAGAGACCUCCUUGACGGACUACAAGAAAGACGCAACAGUCUCCUGCAAGGUCACGGGGUAUCCUCAACCUGUCAUAUGGUGGGAAGACGAGGCUGGACAAAAGAUGGCGACUCAGGAUAGUCUAUUGCAAUAUCCGUCAACGUACAUAAGUUACGUCACAGUACCGAAUAUAAGAGAUAACCAAACAGUAACAUGCAAGGCUAGUACUGAUACUGGCAGUGAUUCUAGAACUACAAAUCUUUUUGUAUACAGACCAUAUGUGUUCCAAAUGAUCAGGACGCCUCAAGAUACGACUAUAGAAUAUGAAGCUGAAGGAAGACUGUAUUGCGAAGUUAAUGCUUAUCCUGAAGCAGAGAUAAAAUGGUUCCACAAUGACAAACUGUAGUAUUCACUACGAAUGAAGCGACAGACGAAG